UUCAACAGGAGGAACCCGCGGGAGAGCAGCCCCUAGCCCCCAGCGCCGCAGCCACAGCCCCAGAGCCCCGCGCUCCCGCGCGCCAUGGCUAAAGAAGGAGUGGAGAAAGCGGAGGAGACGGAGCAAAUGAUCGAGAAGGAGGCAGGCAAGGAGCCGGCGGAGGGCGGUGGCGAUGGCUCGCACCGCCUCGGGGAUGCCCAGGAGAUGCGCGCGGUGGUGCUGGCCGGCUUCGGGGGUCUCAACAAGCUGCGGCUCACCAGGAGGGCCAUGCCCGAGCCACAGGACGGCGAGCUCAAGAUCCGCGUCAAAGCCUGUGGUUUAAACUUCAUUGACUUGAUGGUGCGACAAGGGAACAUUGACAACCCUCCCAAGACUCCCCUGGUGCCUGGAUUUGAAUGUUCUGGGAUUGUUGAAGCUUUGGGGGAUAGCGUGAAAGGAUACGAGAUUGGGGACCGUGUCAUGGCAUUUGUCAACUACAAUGCCUGGGCCGAGGUGGUCUGCACACCAGUGGAAUUUGUCUACAAGAUUCCAGAUGAUAUGAGCUUCUCAGAGGCCGCUGCAUUUCCUAUGAACUUCGUCACAGCUUACAUGAUGCUCUUUGAAGUUGCCAACCUCCGGGAAGGGAUGUCUGUGCUUGUGCACUCAGCGGGUGGUGGUGUGGGCCAAGCUGUGGCUCAGCUGUGUUCCACCAUUCCCAAUGUGACUGUCUUUGGAACAGCUUCUACUUUCAAGCAUGAAGCAAUCAAAGACUCUGUGACCCACCUCUUUGACAGGAACGCAGACUAUGUGCAAGAAGUGAAAAGAAUCUCUGCUGAAGGUGUGGACAUCGUGUUGGAUUGCCUCUGUGGAGAUAACACUGGGAAAGGGCUCAGUCUCCUCAAACCCCUGGGAACCUACAUCUUAUACGGCUCAUCCAACAUGGUAACUGGAGAGACCAAGAGCUUCUUCAGCUUUGCAAAAUCAUGGUGGCAGGUGGAGAAAGUGAACCCCAUCAAGCUGUAUGAGGAGAACAAAGUCAUCGCAGGAUUCUCCCUUUUAAAUCUGCUCUUCAAACAGGGCCGAGCGGGCCUCAUUCGUGGAGUGGUAGACAAACUCAUUGGGCUCUACAACCAGAAGAAGAUCAAGCCUGUGGUGGACUCUUUAUGGGCUCUGGAGGAGGUUAAGGAAGCCAUGCAACGGAUCCACGACCGAGGGAACAUCGGGAAGCUAAUUCUGGAUGUAGAAAAGACCCCAACUCCACUGGUGGGUGAAGAACAAAGGAAUUUAUUUGGCUCAACAGGAGAGAUGGCCAAUGACAGCACAGAGACCAGCGAGGCAGGAGAAGAAGAGGAGGACCAUGAAGGUGACAGUGAGAACAAGGAGCGGAUGCCCUUCAUCCAGUAACCCAGGAUCUAGGCAGGAGACUGUGAAGGACAGUUUGGAAGAAGAGGACCUGGCUAGGAAACUCUUCUGUGCCCCAGUGAACAAAUGCUGUAGUCCUGUGCGUGUUGUGUUUGUCUGCAGUAAGCUGAGCUAAAAAGCUGUUGAUCACUGUUGUGUUUCGAAAUUAAGUGCCAACCCCAUUCCACGCAGUGUUACGUCCCCUUUCAGAUCCAUGUAUUCAUGCUCCUCUCUCCCCUGUAUCAACACCCCUUAUCUGCAGGUCCUUCUUGAGAGUUCUAGAAUGGCCUUGCAAAUUAAUACAAGUCCACAGGCCCAAUACCCAAGAAACCAGACAUGGGCAAAGACAAGUUCGGGCUGAAAAAGAGUGCUAUCCAGGUCCCCAAGUUCUUCAGGCCAAUGACACUUUUUGUUGCCAACCACCCAAUGGCUCUGACAAGAGCAUUUGCCAAUUUGGCCACCAGAAAAGGGGCUAGAACAGAUGUUUUCCUGAACCUCUCUAGAGAGUACUUUUUCUCUCCCUUAAAGAGGCAACUGUAGUCCAAAAGUCUCAGUCUCUCUCCUCUCUCUGGUGUUUGGACCUUUCCCAUAAACACGGGCAGUGCCAGUUUCUCAGGAUAGAAGAUGGCUCAACAGCCUGAGUUGAAGGACCGGCUGCAGAGAUUUCUGCCCGAAACCAUAGCUGAGAAGCAAAACCCCUCCCCCUAGCCAUUUACCUUUCAUUUUGAUUUUAAGAAAACUCACCACAGAUAACACUAAUUCAGACGUCAUUGCUGAGGCUCACCCAUGUUCACACAUGUGCCAUGGGCAUUUUCAAUUUUGCCAUUUUCGAUUCCUGGAUGUCAUGAAUCCCUUGACCACAGAUUCCCUGAGGAAGAGUUCCCUUGCAGAUCACACUUGGAAAACUCAAUGAGUAUCAUGUUUCUUACCAAACGAUGCUCCCAUGUGUAACAAAUCUGAGUGAUACAAAAGGCAGAUGUUUGGCUUAUGAUGCCACAUUGCAGUCCCUCCUCCUGAUGUGCAAAAUCGUGGUGCAACAGGGCCUCUGCUCCUUGGAGAUCACGUGGACCCAGUGACUUGACUGCAGCUUGGUUUCUAGCUCCUGAACUCCUAAGAAGCGUCACACUCCCUCCCCACUCCAUUUGACUGGGCAUAAGGUGAAUAGUCACCCUCAUGAAGGAGAAAGGAGUCUCAUUGUCUCCACAAGAGGGAUCUUCAUUCCCUCCUUCCAGUUAUUUUUUGGCGGAAAGGGUCACUUUGAUCACUCACAAACCAAGUUGGAAACAAGGAGCCCAAAUGAUUAGCACCCCAGGUUUUUAUUUAUUUAUUUUUUUUGUUCAUGUGUGUGUUUUGUUUUUUGUUUUUCUUUUUUGCAUUCUGGAAGCCAUCAGAAUUCCCUCAGGCCCAUGAUAAGCACCUGGCUUUUCCACAUUCUGGAAGACAUCAGGGGAUUCCUACAUUGUCCCACGUCCCCCCAAGCCUUAGGGUGGCCCCACCUCUUCUCCCAAGGCACAGGAUGAAUGUGCUUCAGCAAUUGCCUAUUUCCAAAGUUCUUUUGUAACAAAUGUCACCUCAUCCACGAUGAUCUUUUUUCCUACCCUAACCUUGUGAUGACUUAUGCCAAAUAUAUACCCUAAGAGAGUGUCAUCUCAUUGUAAAUGCACGUGAAGAGAGGCUACUGCUAUCUGUGAGCCGAGGGAUGACAGUACCUCCAAAGAGUACACAAACAUCGUCUUCCCUUCCUACCCCAGGACUCACCAGUAUUCCAGCUCUGGGCCGUCUAGAGACAACUGCACAUUUGUUCCCCAGCACCUUCUCAGUGCUCUGCGAUUGUGCACGUUUCUCUCUUUACCAUGCUAGGAUAGGAAUGCUAAAAGAACCACUAUCCAAGUGACAUUCCUAGCAAGUAGGGAAAACAUGGCAUUUUCUAGGGUUCGAGGAGCGAAGAGUCACUGGGCAUGUCAGGGGGAGUGGGAACUUGUCUCCAUUCAGAAUCGUAUGACUUUUCUUAUGUUCAAAAGAGAAGUAGAAGCAGUCAUUUCUCCUCAAAUCUAUUUUAAUAGGUUCAUCUAGUCACCACAAAUUAUGCCAACUGGUUAAAGAAAACCCUUUCCUCUUCUCAGAAUACAGAAUAAAAUAGAAUUUAACCAAUAAGACCAAUUUCUGCCAUGAAGAAUGGAGGAGGGGCGGAUGUAAAAAUCAACUAGUUAACAUCCUCUCAUUUUAAGGACUUUCUUUCCCAUCUCAUGAUUUUCUGAAGGAAGUGGAAAGAGCGUCUCAGUUUGCCUUAAAGGAACUGUAAAGGCUUCUUUGUAAUUUAAGCUUGAUCCGAGUGAACUGAAGCAUUGUCUAAUGUAUUCGUGGCUUUAGAGCUUUUGUUAUAUUGUGCCUACAAAGCAAAUUAUGUUUACAUAAAGAAUAUAAAUAAAGUAUUCAGCAU